UCGUUUGAUUCGGUUUUAUUGGGAGCAUAUCGGUAGAAUAAAAUGCCACUUCAAGUUCCCUGAUGAGUUCUCAUUUUGCCUUUUCCUUCCUGGUCUGGGGAGCAACGCAAGAUGGGAAAACUCUCGAAUCUCUGCGUGCUCAGUGGGACCCUCGACUGAACAGCGACAGUGCUGAAGACACCGCUGUCUGCCGCUGUUCCGCUCUGCUGCUGUCCGUGGUCCUGAAGUAGAGUGCGUCGUCUUGCUCACAAGGGUCAUGAGAAGCGCCGCUGUUCCUGCAUGCUCCUCUAAACAACAUUGGCCGUAUAGGCGGAGGACUUGAGUCUGUGCUUUUUCGCCUCAACUUAUUCAACUAACGAGCAUCAAGCUGUGAUUGUUACUAUGUUCUCAACUUCUUCCCGGUGAGUGCGCACGGAAAAGUGUCGAAGAUAAAACGUAUAUUUUGGCUAACAUUUAACUUUCCCUCGCGAAAGGAGAUGUUAGGUGUAAAUGUCGUAUCUUUUAGAUAUUUGUUCUCCUCUUAAAGUUGUAUCUUCCCGAUCUCUGGUCUAUUAUCUUUCCCAUUGCCAUGCACGCGCUGCUGGAUGUAUGCAACAAGACCGAAUGGUGAUUUUGAUCUGCAGCAAUUGGAAGUUGAUUGAAAUGAACCUCACUGCCGUGGACGUCUAGGAUCAGCCUAUUGACAACAAUAGAGGGAAUUAUAAUUUUUCGAGUCUUGUUUUUCACACGUGAACUGCCUAUUAUAGUGUUGUUAUCUUAAUCUCUGGGAAAUAAGGGAUAAUCAUGUAUCAGACCGAUUUGUGUGUGCAUAUCACAUCGCUCGCGCUGCUCCAAAGGCAUCGGUACCGACAAUGGUCUAGUAUCUAACUGCUUUUACGCACAACAAUAGCAACUGAAGGGGGAUUAUCUUUUUAUCUGGAGCCUGGUGGUUUUAUCGAAUUGUUCAUCUGGAAGUUGUUGUGUCCUGUGUUUAAUCCGUUCUACCGGUUUGGAUCUCUGUUGAUCCGGACUCCUACCAGUGGAACCAGGCAUUUCAACGCGGAAUACCGCGGCGAAGGAUGGGCCCUCUCUUUCCAAUGACCUGCGUUGUCCUCCUCGCCCUCCACGCCACUGUGUCACCAGCCUCCUUCAGUCCCGAGGAUUACGCCGCGGACGAGGCGGAGUUAACUGCCAACAGCGACACCAUAAUUUUCGACGACUACCGGGGGAAAGUUUGCGUGGACGACAGUGGCUUCGUUUACAAACUGGGGGAACGUUUCUUCCCGGGACACUCGAACUGCCCGUGCGUUUGCACCGAGGACGGGCCGGUGUGCGACCAGCCAGAGUGCCCCAAGAUACACCCGAAGUGCACAAAAGUGGAGCACAAUGGAUGUUGUCCAGAAUGCAAGGAGGUUAAAAACUUUUGUGAAUACCGGGGGAAAACUUACAAGAUCCUGGAGGAAUUUAAGGGUUCCCCGUCCGACGAGGAAGGGACCAGUCCGCCCAUCGUGGCUCCCGCCUUCGCACCUGUACUACCCCCGGCCCUUCCCCCAGCCUCAGCCCCAGACUCUGCAGCGCAGCUCCAAUCAAGAACCAGGAGAUAUAGGCCUUCGCCUUGUGAGUGGUGUCGCUGUGAACCAAAUAACGAGGUGCACUGUGUGGUCUCUGACUGUGCCGUCCCAGAGUGUGUCAACCCAGUCUACGAGCCAGAACAGUGCUGUCCCAUCUGUAAAAACGGUCCAAAUUGCUUUGCCGGAACGACGAUCAUCCCAGCCGGUAUUGAAGUGAAGGUGGACGACUGCACCAUCUGCCGCUGUCACAAUGGGGACUGGUGGAAGCCAGCACAGUGCCUGCGCCGGGAGUGCCUCAAUGGCCAGACGUUGUCAUAGAAACUCCUCCCGGGACAGUGUCGGUGAUGUGCGGUCAGGGAGCGCUCCUGCCUGCUGCCGUGGCAAACCAACAAUGCCCUCAUCUUGUGUUAUUGAUAUGAUAUGAUGGACAGGACAGGAGCCCAAUUCCUUGGCAACUUUGGCUAGGAGACUGCAUAACUAGCUGAAAUGAAAAGCUCUUGUACACAGUACCUACACACCACCACAACUUUAAACACAGAGGAGAGGAGAGAGCAGGAACUUUUAUUGAGACUGUUUUUUCCCUGUUUUGACUGUCUGACUAUAUAUAUUUUCUGAUAAUUACUUCUUGCUUGUGCUGCUUAUAAACACAAUAUAUUUCAUGAACUAAUUUCCUCCUAACCGUUGGCACUGUUAAAAUGCUCAGUUGUUUUCUGUACGUCUGUAAGCUUGUUGUAGCUCUCACUCACUCACUUACAGGUGUUUUGAAAAUGAGAUCUAGGAGGGUUGAACAGGACACAAUGACCGGACAAGCACACAAUUCAUGGCGCUUUUAGAACAAAUGGGUCUGGUGUUUAAAUCGAAUAAGUGAGAUGUCUUCAUCAUCCCGCUCCAGUGUGAUUUACAAUGGUCACCCAAGGAUAUCACUCACAGCUCUUGCCUUCUCACUUCUUGUAUGAUCUCUGUUUGAGUCAAUAACAAAAGUUCACUCUUGGGGAUGGGGUCACUGAAAUGAAUGACAUACAAUGUCAGCAUCCCGAUGUGUCAUCUGGGCUGGCAAAAGCUGCAUAACCACCAACAGAUCCCCUCAGUUACAGUAUUUACAACACUGAAUAUUAUUGAUGAGCCUGUCUUUGAGGUGCUCUUCUCUGCAUGGGGAGAAUGGAGGCCAGUUUUAUCCAAUUUAUCCAACCAAUACAUUAGUAAGUGAUAAAUCACUGGAAAAGGUAGAAAAGGGAACCAACUUUACUUACUACAGGAGUUGAAAUAAGGUCUUUAGUUAGAAGCCAUGCAACCCAUAACAGAGGGGGUAAAAACUGCUCCAGCAUCAAUACACUACCGGGGCCAUUCCUCUUGGCUUAAUUGCCUUUAUUGUUUUCCCUGACGGCCCAAACCAACAAAAAAUAUUCCUCCGAGCGAACAGCUUGAACUUGUUAUCUAAGCAAUUAGCGAGCCAAGCAGUGGCCUGCUUUAAUUUCCCUUAAUCAAGGAGUAUUCAGGCCGGGCCUCUCUGCUCUCAGCAGUACGUCGCCCGCCUUUCGUCUGUAGGCAGAAGCCAAGCACCAAGCACACUCAGCAACAACUCUGAGAGAGACAAAGGGGAAAUCUGCAUAUGUCUUCUUGAUGCUUCAAAGCAAAGGAGCACUCAGACACUCACACAUAUGCACAUACACACACAUACUUGUACGCAAACACUCUCGUCCUCCAGAGGCCCAUACACCCAGCUUGCACAGUACUGGUAAUUCCUUUUCACCUUAAAACAUGUUGAUACAUUGUACCCCAAGAAGAAGCACUGAAGCCAAUAAGGCUCUCGCUGAGAUAAAAAAAAAAAGCUCCUAUCCUACCGUUUUUAGAUUACACAAUAGAUUGUUUGAGCUAAUGCAUUGCUUUGCCUAUAAAUUCCUAUUGGUUUCAGCAUCACACUCCAACCAACACACCCAACCUGUGUAGCGUGCACAACACACACUCUCUUUCUUUUUAAAAUGAUGAAUACUAGUCAUUAAUUCGAAGGCGAAUUUCCCACUAAGCACAUGCAAUUCAUCACUGAUACUUUUUGUAUGUGUUUCAGUGAGAAUCCAUUCCUGUUAACCUUUUAGAAGCUAUUCCUCCUGUUUGAUGGAUGAACUACUUAAUAACGCCUUCCAGCUCCUGGUAAUGAGACAGAAAUGAACACAGGAGACCCCUGACUAGAGGUGUCGGAAUAGAAUAUCACAUAGUCUACAUCCCAAAUGGCAUUCCAUUUCCUUUGGGCCCUGGUCAAAAGUAGUGCACUAUAGAGGGAAUAGGGUCCCAUUUAGGACACAAACAACAUAUACCUUACCUAACGAGCCGACCCUCCCAAACAUAUCUCUGUCUGCACUGCAGCCACAGUAUUGUAGACUACAUUCUGUUCUACUCAGCUGCCUGCAGUCUUAUUAUUAUUGAAUGAUGGGGAAUUCAAAAGAUGAACGAAUGAGGGAAGGGGACUUAAAUUUAGAUUGCAUCAUUAUGGUUAGAGUUGCUCAAGUCAUUUUUAUCAUGACCUUGUCUUGUGAUGAAUGAGUCAGUCAUAAUGAGAAGAGAGACUCCAUUUCUCAUGCCAGAAUACCUACACAAGCAAUACACAUCACUCUACAGGUCCAUACAUUGUAUGAGACUCCAUGACACCUUUAUCAGUCAUCUCUUUUAAUUAGGUCUAUCGUAGGCCUGAUAUCUGGGUCAUUCAUUUUUAUGACCGGAUAUAGAUUGUUUCGUCCUCCUUUAUUAUUUUGUGUAUCUUGUGUAGAACGAGGCUGCUAGCUAUCUUUUAAUUUCUCACCGCUUUUUUUUUGCCCUUUUGUCUUUUAAUUGUUGCUCUCAAUGUAAAGAGCUUCAUGAUUUAGUAGUAGUGUGGGUUGUAGGGUCAGCUAACCUGUGAUCCCUUAGUACCUCCCUCAAGCUCAUGCAGAGCAGACCCUCCGGUCUUAGAUCAUGUUGAAAUUACCCCUCUCACAUCGAUAACAACUCAUUAUGAUACUUUCUCUCUAUUAGCGUUGGCAUUGUUGUUUGUCUCGUGGACAUUUAUGCAAUGAUGGAAGGAAUGUCUUAUUAGAGUAAUGCAGAAGGACACAUUCAAGAAUGAAGGUCAAUAAGGCAGUAGUCUCGUACUUGUUUUUAACACCAGUUACCACACAUCUUCUUAAACGGGUUACAACAGCUUUCAGAGUGGUCCAACUGUACAGUGACCUUCCAGUUUGGUAGGAAAACAUUCUGAAGUGUGCAGUAGAUUUUGAAUCCAUCUCUGAGACCCCAGCUGGAGUGAAGAAUUAGCCUUAUUGAGCAAUGGUUAAACAAAUGUAUCAAAAGAUAGUCUGAGGGAGCAGUCAAUAUCCCUGUUCAUUUUCUGUUCAUAAAAGAGUCUGGUCUUUUGUGAGUGUCUGGCCUUGAAAGUCUAGCCUACUGCUCAUGCACUCACUAGCCUGACAAUCCACUCCAAACACUGCUCAUUCACCGCCUGUCACCAUGCUGUAAAGGUGUACCAUACCAUUGCUCUUUUCAUGAGACACCGACUUAUUGUAGCUGGACGCUAUGAAAGAUUGUUCUAUUGCUUUUUUUCAAACUUUUUUUUAACAGAAACUCUUAUAUAAAGUGUGCCUGAAAACCAACAAGAGUACUAUCUAAUAUGGAGAGAAAAACACUUAAACAAUCAAACUGUAUUAUUACAUGGGCACUGUGGGUUAGUCCUAAAGAUUAUACAAAUAUUAACUCCUACUGUUAUAAUUUAAUGUUAUAUUGAAUUAGAGCCAGAAAUGAUAAUAAUAAAAUAAAGACAGGAUUUGUUUGGAAGUACCAAGACACACAAACACCUCUACACCAUAGUUUAGAAGACAUAGUGGGUACAUCUAAUCAAACAGUCCAGAUGUUUAUUCCAAAUGAAAUUAAACAACCCUUGGUGCCCUUCAUGGUGUAUAAUAACUUGUAAAUACCUUCAACAUGUAUAAUGUGUGUUCUGGAAAUCAGAGUUGGAGAAAAGAAAAUGUGUAUUAUUUAUGAAGACAAAAACUAUUUUGUUAAAGACUGAAAAAUAAGUGUUAUUAUACAGCAAA